UUGGCUCAGACUGACUCAGAUGCCGUACUUUGCAUGGGCUCAUUAGGAUGAGCGCUCGGGCGGUCUUGUUGACAGCACUGCCCGCUGCACAAGCGUUUGUCCAGGAUGCUGAAACUAUAUUUUUGCAGGUUGAGGUGAAAGUGGCCACUGCAUUGGCAGAGCUGCCAGCGGAGAUGAUUGCCCCCGGUUUCAGGGCCCAAGCAGUGCGUUCGCUGCUGUCUUUGGCCACUCUUUGCGCGGUGCUUUGGUGCGUGGAAAUGCUGGGCUUGAGCUGCUCAAUUCGGCGAUCGGGGCAAUGGGUGUAUGUGGGCAGUUGCCUGCUGGUGGCCAUGGGCCAAAGUAUGCUUCUCACAGUAUCCCUGCCAUUGGCCACAGUCCUGACCUACUCUGCUGCUGCUUCGGGGUUCCUGGCCUCCACCACAAGUUUGGGAGGUCUCCUUGCACAGCUGUUGGCAGCAAGCUCGUGGUCCACCUUGGGAUGUCAACCAUACUGGCUGCUGCGCAGCAGCAUGGUGGCCACCACUUUUUUGCACCUCUUCUUCCAUGGCCUCUUCGUGGGUGCUUUGUGCCUGCCGCUCUCAGCCACAUCGCUGUGGUGGUGCCUGGUGGUGUCAAGGACUCUUGCAGGCUUCUUUGCUGCUCUCUCUUGCUUGAGUGCAAGCUUUCUCGCCUUUGCAGUGACUCCGCAGGGGGAAUUGCUCAAUCUUCAGACAUCCGUCCAAGGAGCGUAUGGUGCAGGUCAGUGCUUGGGCAACAUGCUUGCCUCGUCUGCGAUUGUUUUCUUUCAAAUUUCGGGCGAAUCGCCCGGGCAGGUGCUAGCAGAAGGGGCAGCUCCAGUGCUGAUGUUUACAUUUGCCAUCGCUCUCCUGCUGGCGACGAGUGUGCUGUUCGUGCCUCGUGCGCAACUGGCAGACCAAGUCCCACCAGUCGUGGAUGGUGCGACGGAGUCAAUCUCGAACACAAAACAACACUCCGAGCUGGGUAGCCUUGAGGUCUGCGAGCGAAAAGGGAUCUUCCGAAAUGCGGUGAUCUAUAACUUUGAGCGCACGUUCUCGGUGGCUUCAAUUGAGGUGGCGACCACCAUGAUCUCUCAGGUGGAGUUUGGCUUCUCCACUGUCAUGACAGGGUGGAUAUUUGGUCUCAUCGCCAUUGGCUCCUUGCUGGCCAAUGUCAUAGUUGCCUUCACACCUUCGAACACUGACUUGCGUAUUUGUAUGAUGGUGUGCUUUGCCGCUGUGGGCGUGGUCACAACCCCAUUCCUCCUGGAUUGGUGGCCUUGGUGGACCUUGUAUGUGGCAGACGCAUUGAUGAUGACGAUGACCAACGCAGCCAACGGCAUCUCAGAUGGAGUGGCUCUUCUUGCAGCAACCGGUGUGCAGGACUUGUCCCGAGAGAGCUUUAUCAACCAGAAGAUGCUGAGCAUGGCUGCGGCAAAGGUUAUCGCUGCCCCCUUGGCCCGAGGCUUGCUGCCCUGGCUUGGUCGCAACGGCUAUGGCGCUUUGCAGACCAUUGUGAGUCUUGCUGGCUUUCUCGGCAUAUGGAAAAUGUACUGUAUGGCGGGAUCGCGUGAACAACAGGAGAAUUCGCAGAAAGAAUAGACAUAUUCCUCCUGAUCCUAUUGACA